AAUGAACUUCGUGUCACUUUUCUUCAAAGUCAUAUUUCGAAAGUAUAUAGGAGAGAAAAUGCAGCUUCUUUUGAUCGUUUUCCUGGCCGUCCAUGGCUUGGUUGUCUCAUCGACAAAUGCCUAUGAAGAUGAUGUCCGGAAUUUACUCCAGCUAUUACUCGAUCAUGAUAAUACACCGGAUGCCACCAAACUAGAACCAUCUGCUGGGCCUCUCGAAUGUAUCAAGUGUGAGAAUAUUGUUGGGAGCAACCGUGGCGACAAAUACUGCGUAUCUGAAAUGCCAGACGAAGUUGAAACAUGUGCCGAAGGUGUUACAAACUGUUACAUUCGAGUGAGGAACCUUGUGGACGUAGAAACAAGGAGGAUCAACACUGUGGAGGUUAUCCGUGGUUGCCAACCAGAGGGAGUCGUAUGCGACGAGGGCAUUGCCGCUAGCUGCCAUUAUGAGAGAUACACCCAGUGUUGUGAUAAUAACAUGUGUAACGUGGACCACGUUGUUUCAUUUCCUGAAAAUUAGGUCAUCAUGAUGAUCGACGUCAUGAUAGUUUUUCGCCCGCUCGAUCUGCUGGACAUAUAACACUUUACUUCUUAUUUGCUCCAAAUGUUGAUCGCCAUUUAACUUCUUUUUAUUCUGUUUUCUUAUAAAUUAUUUGGUUUUGUUCAAUCUUUUAUGUUUAUUCUAUCUUUAUUAUUUUUCUUAAAAAUUUGAAAUAACGACUUUCCAAAUAUCAAUACAAGGUAUGUCAUGUGUGACAUUAUAAAUGGAUUUCUAAGAAUUUUAUGGCGUGCAGUUGGCUGUUUUGUUUCAUUUUUGUUCAUUACGUAAUCAUUUGAUUUCUUUGACAAAUAUAAUUUGGUAGUCAAGGGCGCCGGAAGCGGGGGGCAGGGGGCACUUGC